AAGGUGAGGUCGCGCACAGGCGCACACGCAUCCUAAAUUGACAGGACGAUGCUGAGCUGCAUUCCCAACAUCAUAUGAGCAGAGGAGGAUCCCAACACACCGAUAGUGAAAGAAACAACGCCUCUGGAUCAGAAAACCUGUAUUAUAAUCCGAUAGAGCUUUAUCGCUGUAACCAUGUCCGCCGGAGGAGACUUGGGGAACCCUCUGAGGAAAUUUAAACUCGUCUUUUUAGGAGAACAGAGCGUGGGGAAAACAUCACUGAUCACCAGGUUCAUGUACGACAGCUUCGACAACACAUAUCAGGCAACCAUUGGGAUUGACUUCUUAUCAAAGACCAUGUACCUGGAGGACCGAACAGUGAGGCUGCAGUUGUGGGAUACAGCUGGCCAGGAGCGCUUCAGGAGUCUGAUUCCUAGCUACAUACGGGACUCUACUGUCGCUGUGGUGGUGUAUGACAUCACAAACAUGAACUCGUUCCAGCAGACCUGUAAGUGGAUUGAUGACGUUCGAACAGAGAGGGGCAGCGAUGUCAUCAUCAUGUUAGUGGGCAACAAGACAGACCUGGAGGAGAAGAGGCAAAUCACUAUUGAGGCGGGAGAGCAGAGAGCCAAAGAACUGAACGUGAUGUUCAUCGAAACUAGUGCCAAGACAGGCACCAAUGUCAAACAGCUGUUUCGGCGUGUUGCAGCAACCUUACCUGGGAUGGAGAGUUUGGACGAUGUGAACCCUGAAGGCAUGAUUGACAUAAAGCUGGACAAACCAGCAGAACCCACUGUCCCAGAGGGCGGGUGCUCGUGUUAAUGCAGAGCUGUCAGAUAUCUUUCUUCACACCAUAGGCUUGUUGUGUUGCUUCCUACUGGUUAGCUUCCAGUUGGCUUUUCUGAUUGGAUAUGGGCCUUACACCGUAUAUAUCCGAUUAGACGAAUCAAGUGUUAUUUCAGUCUUCAGUUGUAAAAUAUUGUAUACUUUGUCAAUAUGUAGCUAAGUGCCGGACAAGAAAAAAAAACAAAAAAAAACAAAAAGGGAAAAUGGAAUGAAACUUGAAUUAUUUUCGCCGUUAUGUUUUGUAUUUUUUUAUAUAAAAGGGAAAGCACCAAAAAUGAGGCUUAAAUGGGGAGAAGUGGGCCAGUCCAUUUUCAAGAUGGCUGCCCUGUCUGAAUGUCUGCAGCACGCAUGCACGCUGAUCUCAUGCCUCUCCUCUGGCUCUCGAACCCCGGAGCUGCUCGACUAACUUAGAAUGUUUUAUAGCGUAAUAAUAGCAUACUCAUAUCAACAAUGUGUCCCAAUUCAUAUUCCCCACAGGAGUUGCUUUACCCUAGAUUCACCCUUAAAUUACUGUAGCUGUGAAAAUGUGUAACUCUCAAUGGGCAACUUUUAUAGAACAACUGUGCUGUGGUACAAGAAGAAGAAGCCAAUGGAAUUUCACAUUCCCUCUCCGUUCCCCCGGCAACACAUAACGAUCCACUGUACUGCACUGUAUAUAAUAAUGUAAUAUGUAUGUCGUGAACGUCCCUUAGUAAAAGUGGUCAUUGUUCACCGGUAUGAAUAAUCUAACAAUGUUUAAUGAUUAAUAAAUAAAAGAUUAAAAGGGCUUCACUCUAACCAUCCACACUUA